AUGCCUGCAGAGGUUUCUGCGGCGUCGCCCGAGUACUUCUUCCUCUGCUCACCGCGCGGCAGCAGUGCGGGCGAUUCCGACAGUUCGGGCUGCUCUUCGUGGGAUCUGGUCGGGCUGGAGUGCUACGACGAGGGGCAGGUGCCGGACCUGCCGGCGAGUGCGCUGCAGAGCGCCGACGAGACGGCUCGCUUCGGGUGCUGGCCGUUCGGUCUCCUGGUGUGGUCGCUCUUCUCCUUGGUGAGUGAUCCUAGCGUGGAACAGGACUCAGCUGACGAGGUCGAGGGUCUCGAGCUACAGAUGCCAGUGGAGCCAUGGUCGCGGCGCUUCUACCGCCAGAGUGCGACCGACGGUGUGGAGGUGCAGUUGGUGCGCCGCAAGAGUGGCAACGUGUGGGCCGUCAUCGGUCCGGACUUGACGCUUGGCCUGAUCUGUAUCACGGCGAAGACGUCCAUGUUCACGGAUCCAGUGGCGGGGAUUCGGUGGCGGCCGAUGCCACCUCUUUCUGCAGCCCGGAGGGACGCCUACGUCAGCCAGGCGACGGAGGGACUGAGGGCGUCGACGGUGCCGAUGUUGCCUCUUUAUCGCCCCGGCAAGGGUGGUCAGCAGGCGAUCGCGGUGAACGUCCUGUAUGCCGUUUUCAGCUCGGGGGCUUCGUCACUCAAGACGCUGAGGUGGUCUUUGAGGAGUCCCAAGCGUUUCCUGGGUGUGUUGGCCGCGUUGUUCGUAUUGUACGAGCUGCUGGUGUUGCUGGGCGUGAUCGAGUAUAUGAAGGAGGUUUGGGUGUACACGAUCAGCUACCUGGUCACGGCCAAGGAUGCUUUCGUGGAGAGCUCGGAGGUCGUCCAGGAGUGGGCCACCUACCUGUGGGAGUGGAAGGAGUGGGCCCAGAAUCUGAUGCCUCUUCAGCGUUGGUUUGCGAUGUUCUUGUCCCUGAUCCUUCUGACCCUCUGGGCGGCUCACGAGUGGUCGGACAACGUGGAGUAUGGAGAGUCCUCUAUUGGGUCCUCCAGUGCUUCGAGUGUGGAUGUGCCCGUCGGUGCGACUGCUUCGGUGCCUCCGCCCGUGCCGCCGCUUGGCUACCUGUCAAGCGGAGAGAGUGCAACGCUGGCAAGCCAGCUGAACGAUCUCGUGGAGUCCCAGAAGGGCAUGAUGGAGGAAAUCAGCGAGAUCAGGACCGCCGAGAGGACGAGGGAGUUACGUCGAGAUGUACUCGAAGCUUCUCUGGACUCGCGUGGUCGUGCGGACGCCGAGGCCAACAAGCAGGUGAUCGAGGGCAUGAAUGCGCGGCUGGACCAGUUCGAGGCUCGUCUGAAGGGCGAGGCGCCUGCGGAGGCUGGAGCUGGCGAGCGUGGUGCUGCUAUCGAGGGGGCGAGUUCUUCGGCUUCUGCAGUCGCCGUGCUCGGGUCGCCCGCGAAGAGUGCCCCCACAGUGGUGAUGGAGACGCCCGAGAAGCGAGUUGCCUCUUCGCAGCCGGAGGCCGUCGAGCUGGCCAUCAAGCGGAUGCGCUUCAAGGCUCAGUUGCCGCAGCAGGUGUUCAUGGAGCAGCUGGACGAGUGCAAGGAGAUCGAGCCCGAGGAGUGGAACAGCCGCAUGCCCGAGGGCUACCGGCAGCGGAUAUCGGCCGAGGUACUGUCGGAGAUCUACUCGUCAGGCAAGACGGCCGAGGCCUGGGCGCGGGACUUCAUCAGGGACCGCGGCCUGAGCGACUGCCACGCGGCUCGGGAGAUGAUCGCGGCCUUCGCCGCGGUGGACACGAUGCUGAUGACAGAUCGUCAGAGGGGACUCCUCAACCUGGUGAGCUUCGAGCGGUUGGCGCGAAAGGGCUACGCCAUUGUGAGGGCUUGCCGCAACGUGAACAGCCGCGACGAUUGGAGCCGCCCCAAGGAUGCCAAUAACUGGAAGUCGAAGGUGGACUGGGAGGCGGCGCGUCGCUUGGACCCCCAGCUCGCCGACGAGAGCACUAUUCGGGUAAUGAGCGCCGAGGAAGAAAUGAAGAAGGCCAUGGGUCGCGACGCGCAGCUGAUGAAGGCGCGCUCCGACCUGGGCGGGGGUGCGGUGGUGCUGUUCGCUCGCCCGGAGCGCCCCGCUUCGACUUCUCGUCGGGUGCUGUCGCGCUGGAAGGAGGAGAUGGAGCUGGUGGACACGGCGAAUCGUUCUCUCUUGGCUUUGCGUCAGCUCUACCGCGGGAGUCUGGGCGACAGUCUCCUGGGCCUGGCAGACUGCUGGUGCCAGGGGAUCGUGCCCGACAGCCUGGGCGGGGACCUUUCUCGGGGCGAGACGUUUCCAGCUCAAUGGGACCGAGUCGCUCUACCUCCUCCGGGGACCAGACCUGUGAGUGUGAGGUCUGCGUCGCCUCGCGUGGCACAGAAAUUGGAGAUGUUCAAGGAGGAGAUGUUGAGAGAGGAUGGCGAGGCUUGUGUUCAGGCCUGCGAGAUACGCAACUACGUGGACCCGCAUUUCCGCAAGAAGAAGGACAUGUUACAGCUGGCCCGACGGAUGGCUUUGGCGGGGAUGUUGUGCCGCACCGCAGCGAAGGUGGACGAGGUCGGUCUCUUUUGCGUCGUGAAGAAGGCGGAGCUGGUGGGGAGCGAGCCCGAGGUGACCCUGAGGCUGGUGUUCGACCAGAGGCGCUCCAACAUGCGAUGGCGGUCUCCCCCGUGGUGUGCCAUGGGCGGCGUCAGUGCGAUGUCGUUUCUGGACGUGUCCGAGGAGAUGAAGGAGGAUGGCGUGACCAUGUGCUUCGGGACGGGCGACCUCCCCGACUUCUACUAUACGCUGGAGCUGGGGGAGGAGCUGUCGCCGUACUUCGUGCUGCCCGGCGUGUCUGGGGAUGCGCUGGACUCGCUGCUUCCCGAAGGUUCGUCUCUGCCUGGGAGUGGGCCCUACGUCGGGGUAAAGGUUGCGUUGGUGGGCUUCUCCUGGGCGUGCUGGAUAGCUCAGACGACCAUGGGGGACAUCUUCAAUACUGGGCCUCAGUUCGGGCUUUCUUCGCUUUCAGGCGACCAACGUUUGGCCGAAGGCGGGCCGUUGCCCCAUCUCAGUCGGGAUCUACCUGCUGCGCACUACGAGUACAUCGACGAUUUCGGCAUCCUGGGCCUGGACUUCCCGACACGGCCUGGCCAGGAGGCGGCGACGACGGUGGAGGAGAUCUGGCUCGGUGCCAAGGAGUUGGUGGUGUCCGCGGGUUUCAAGGUGCACAAGGAUGCUCGCGCGGCGGACGCUCGUAUGAUCGGUGGCGAUCUUCGGGGAACUCGUCUGGCGCCGAACCAGGACAAGAUGUGGUUGGCGGUCUUCGGCAUACGGGAGAUCCUGAUCCACAAGUGGGAACUACCCGACACCGUCGCGCGGAUCGUUGGUAUCCUGUCCUGGGGCUUCCUGAUCUGCCGUGGUGCUUUGAGCGUCUUCGCGGACGCGUGCGCAUGGUGCAUGGAGUUCCGAGGUGGAGCUCGGCGCGAGGUCCCGCGGGAAGUGCUGAGAGAGUUGGCUGCGGCCGCGGCCUUGGUGCCGCUGAUCUCGGUGGACCUCUCGACGCCCUGGGGCCCGAUGGUGAUGAUGUUCGAUGCGAGUCUCUACGGCGGUGCGCUCAUCUCUACGGUGGCAACGGUGGAGGAGCAGCGUCGAGAAGCACGAAAUGCAGUUCGAGGAGGCUGGACCGUCUGGGCGGGCAUUUCCUCGUCCUGGGCUGCGGACGCUUGGUGCGAGGGGGGGGCCUUCAGACGCGUGGGCGCCGACGUGGAGUUGGGUGCCCGGAUCCGCGUUCCGCCUGUGCACGAGUGUUGGGGCGACAUCGCUCGGUGGAAGGAGGUUGUGCGCUGGCGCUGGGAGGAGAAGGGGCGCAUCAACUUGCUGGAGAUGCGCGCGGGGGUGGCCGCGGCGAG